AUGUCAUCUGAAAACGCAGCAUGGCCCAUGGCCGACGAGGCUCUGUCCCAGGAGAUUCUGGACAUCCUUCAGCAGGGUACUCACUCUCGCCAGGUCAAGAAGGGUGCUAACGAGGCUACCAAGGCUGUCAACCGCGGAGUGUCCGAAAUUGUGAUCAUGGCCGGUGACACUACUCCUCUCGCUAUCGUCAUGCACCUUCCCCUCCUCUGUGAGGACAAGAACGUCCCCUACGUCUUCGUCCCCAGCAAGAUCGCUCUCGGCCGUGCCUGCGGUGUCAGCCGCCCCAUCAUCGCUGCUAGCAUCAACUCCAACGACGCUAGUGAUCUCGCUGCCCAGAUCCGCCAGCUCAAGAUCAAGGUCGAGAGACUUGCUAUCUAA